UCGGAAUGAAUACGAAUCUCUUGAGAACAUUACAGACAAAAGCGAAGCGCCACAGAAGAAUUGUAUCAGUACAAAUUGUAAUAUCAGCUGGUAAAUAGCGGAAGAGCCAUGAGGACGGUAUUGACAAUUUUCAUCAUUACUGUGAUUGUGCAGGUCUACUCCAUCGAUGCCUGUCAUUUACGUUUUCGCCGGAGUACUUACAUCGAACAAAACGUGCAGGAACUCUUUCAAUUCGCCAAGAAUAUAGUGAAUGAUAGUGGUCCUAUGAUCAAUGCCGUAAUAGAAGCAAUGCCUGACACUGAAGAUUACGAAGAAUACCGAGGGGAGUUAGAGAACUACUUAAGUCGAUUGGAUGAAUACAAAGAAAAUUCUGGCAUGUGUGCCAAAAAGAGUAUUGAAUUAAUGGUGUCAUUUAUGGACGUAAUGAUGCCAUACGCCGAGGAGGAGGAAGAAAUCUCACCUCAAGCUAAGGAAGUUCUUAGACUCUUAAGCGAAAAUGGUCUACUGAAUCUACAACAACAGGCUGAGAAGUGGAUGGAAAAUUUCGAUGAUGAAAAACUCCAAGAGGAGUAUGAGACAUGGUCCAAAAACGAUAUGAACAAUAUGACUUCGAUAUGGACAGAAAUAUGCUAGACAACACGUCGCCCUUAGAAAAAAAAGAAAUUAACAAAACAGUCAACUGCCAGAUAAUAUUGUCUUGAAUACAAUCUGCAGCAAUAAAGCAGAGAUAACGACUAUUGCCCACAAUAGACAAAAAAUACAUAAUGUAUUGAUAAAUAUACACAUAUAUAUUGUAUUUUAUUAUAUUAUUCAAUAGUUUGCUUAUCAAUUAAAAAGAUAUGUUUAAUUUUUUACUUAA